AUGGCAAAGCAAGAGAUCAGCAGUGAUACCAUUUUCAGAGUUAGCUCUCAUAGAUGAAUUCAUCCAGACACUAGAUUAGUUAUAGAUUCGCUAUGCAUAAGCUUGAGAGGAAUCUUCUUGGAGCACUUAAACAAGAAGAGCGAGUGUAGAUUUGUUAGUAAUGCUUAUUUUUUUACAGAUGAGCAAAGGUCUUCUUUUAUGGAAUCAGAGAUUGAAGAAGUCGAAGAUCCAAGCAAAAUUUCGGCGUUUUUAGGGCAUAUUCUUUUGACUAUUGAUUCUUGUGCAGAAGUCUGUGUAUUAUUGAAAAUAUACUUAGACAGAUUUUUAAACCUUACUCAGAUUCCCUUAUGUAGCUCAAACUGAAAAGAUCUUGUGAUGCUCAGCACUCUAACUGCUCAAAGAGUUUACAGCCCUCACUAUCUCUGCAAUUCAGCCUUUGUACGUUAUUUUCCUGAGCUAGAUAAAUCAACACUUGAUUUCCAGGAAAUUGAAUUUUUAAGAUACUUGGACUACCAAAUCAAAAUUAACGUUCAAGAUUAUGAUCAGUGCUUUCAUCACCUUUCACUGGUUGCUAAAAAUGAUGCAAGUUUAAAGUGGAAAAUUAGGUCUAAAGAUGUUUCAAGGAUAAUCAAAAGGUCAAAAUGGAUACAUAAAAGUUAUGAAGCAAACGAUGUAGGAAUUGUUAGAGCUCCCAAAAUGACUUUAAUAGACGUAGAUGAGCUGGAUGAGUUGGAUGAGCUGGAUGAGCUGGAUGAGCUGGAUGAGCUGGAUGAGCUGGAUGAGCUGGAUGAGCUGGAUCUUGAAUCUUAUAGAAUUUGAUAA